UACUUGCUUUCCUCUUAUUUGCUUUGCUAGCUUGUGUCCUUGAUUGAAAUUUCAGUCAUUGUCCUUCUUGUGAUAUUUAACCUUCCUAGAUUACUGUUUCAAGUUAUGUGUACCGACUGCAUUUUCCAGUUGUCUCUUUGCUUGAUUUCCUUCAUCACGCAUACUUUACUUUACUUUACUCAUAAUGCGUGUUUCAAGUUAUGUUUACCAUUUUGUUUCCAUGUCAUAGCACCAUUAUCCUGGCCUGCAGGAAACUAUGGUCUUCCCAUGCCAGUGUCUGGCUGUCCAAGAUCAAAUUUUACUUGGAAGACAGGUUGGUGUUUCCAAGAUACAGAAGAYAAGAACCCACAGAACAGCCGCUCGCCUAUUCUUCAUGUUGAAGGAUCAGUACGCGAGAGCAGUGUUAACAGAUCAUUCUGUAURAAGACGAGUGGCGCGGGGAAUGCUGAUGCGACAACGGUUUGGCCAAAAGGAGAGUAUUGCAUCUACAAAGCCAGCAGCACACUGACAUGCCCUCGAGGAUUACAAGAUGGUCAAGUGAAGUGGGACGAUGAAGACAAUGAAAACCAAAACAAGAAAGGUGGAACACUUCCUCAAGGAACUUACCUGAUUACUGGAACGACAAUUGAUUUUUGCUGUAGUACCAGUGGAUUGAAGACAACUCCUAUUGAUCUUCCUGUGGACAAUCCAUUCUAUCUUCUGGCUUACAACUCAGAGCAAUGCCAGCAAGUGAAGUGGGCAGUUGCCUCUUUAGAGUGGAUACAUUAUGACACUGAAAAUGACAACAACGCUGAUAGUAAAUCUGGAUUUUACCCUUAUGGAGCCAGGGGUGGAGUAGAUGGACACACUAUACACUACUGUUACUAUACUAGUUGUAAGUACGUUCUUAACRACACGACUGGGGCUUUGCAGUCUCCCUUUUUCCCACUGAAGUAUCCCAAUGGGCAACUGUGUUCAUGGGCCAUCCUUGUACACCCAAACCAAACCAUCCAACUGAGAUUCUCUCAUUUCUCACUCAUCAAGACUUCAAACCAAAGUGACCUCCUAAAGAUCUAUGAUGGCAAAGAUGACAAGGGCCAAUUGAUUGGCAGUUUCCAUGGUAACAGAAUUCCUGGUGAUGUGAUGUCAUCCUCGAAUAAUUUGUUCAUGGUUUUUCAAUCGGAUAGCACAKGGAAUGACAAGGGAUUCCGAGCAGAAUACCAAGCGAUUAACAAUACAGAUACUUUCAUUACUACUACAGCAGUGACGUCAUCAAAUCCUUCCUCCAUCACUACUGCAGCAGUGACAUCAUCACACUCCACACCCGUCACCUCAUUCUCAACGACUCUGUCUUCAAACAAGACUUUAAUGCCAAGGAAGGCCUGCUUACAGAAAUCAAUAACAGAAGUUCCUGUUGCUUCUAUCGUCGUUCCAGUCUUAAUAUGUUUGGCUGUGGUCAUUAUUGUUGCCAUCGUUGUAUAUUGGAGAUGGAGAGAAAUGCGUAGAGCAAAAGAAGAAAAGAAUCCUUCAAUGAGGUACCAAGCUGGAGCCAUGAACAAUCCUGCAUAUUUUGGAACUGUUAUCAAAGAUUUUCCAAACUCAGAAACAGAUAAAUCAACAAUUGUGUUGAAAGACGAAGAAAAGGAAGAUAUUUAUCAAGAAGUACAUGAACAAAAUUCGCACAACCCAUUAUAUGAAUCUACAGACAGAGAGCCCAUAGUAUCAGGGAAUAUCUUAUAUGACAGCGUCACAAGCAAAUCCCAGGAAGAAUUUUGCGAUGAACUUCCUUAAUUAAUGAAGAGGAUCAAAAACUAACAGAAAAACUGUGAAUCAAAAUAAACAUGCAUACAUACAUUUGACAUGGAAAAUAUAUAAAUUUUGYAUUAAACCAAUGAUGCACACCAGCAAUGUAUUGCAACUGUAUACUGGUAUUAAGCUUGGAGCCAUCCAAUUUCCUGGUCUCAACGUCAUCAACAUCAUGUUUAAUAUAUGAAUGGUAUUAAUGCUUUCCUAUCUUUGGGAUAGUCUGGAAAUCUCUCCUUGUACCAAUUGUGAUUUUGUUUUGCCCUUGGAACAAAAGUACCACAUCCAAACAAAAACCAAACCAAACCAGCUGCYGACCAGGUCCCAACUGCCCAACCAAACCACUCAAGCAUUUCUCCAAAAUARUUAGGACAGGAAACGAGCUUGAAGAGACAACCUUGAGGAAUUAAAUACCCAGUAUUUCCUCCAGAUCUGAGGUUUCGGAGUUUGAAAUCUGCAGCACGGUUGAUACAAAACCCAAUAACAAACAGAACUACACCAGUAAUUAACCUUGGGUCCUUGUAAUAGUCACGUACAUAUAAUGCUGAGCUGAUCCAAUCAGCAUUUAAGUAGCUGUAGAGGAAAUUGGGAAAUAGCCCAGCUAUGGGGAUUCCUAUUGGCGUCUUGGCACUGCUGUAGUUCAUGAUCCAAGGGUGUAUGAUACCUCGAUGGAURUAAUGACACAUCCAUAGCACAUAGAAUAUAAUAUUGACGAAUYCCCUCUGUACUCCAUAGAGAAAGAAAACAAGAGUAAAUAGAAUGACUCCUGGYGGUGCAUCAGAUAGUGUAUGCGCUAGUCGCUGAUGAACCAUUACGCCCCAGUUAGUGUUAUCAUUGRCAUGUUUUCCAUAUGGCGCAGGUUUAGAGAAUUGUACAAUCAUUGUYAUUACUGCAAGUACGAAACCAAAAAUGCACAGCCCAUAAUGUACCCAAAAGUGAGUUGUGUCGUCCUGGAAUGCACUCCAUGGCAAGGCCUCUAGCAUGGUGCCAAAUGUGCUGUUUACUAGAUUAAAGGCCUGGAAAAGAUAGAGAACGUUAGCUGAGGACCCUAAAUCAACCUCAAAACCAGGAAACUGCAAGUUUUGACAAAAAUUGGUUUAAGAAUGCAGGGCUAUAAAAGCCUACAGCUGUACCUCCCCCUACUCCCUGUUAGUAUAGAUGUCGUAUAUACAUGUUGUAAACGGAUGCUAGAAUUAGAGUAAAAGGACAAUUAUAACUAUUGUAA